CCGGGGCCCCACACGUGGCCUUGGGCACCUCCAGGAGUGGGGCACCCGCAGCUUCACUGGGCAGCAGUGCCGGGGCCUCCGUGCUCUCUAAGUGAAGAAUUUCCUCCUCGCAUCUCUAAAUCUCCUGUCUUUUAGUUUAAGGCCGUUCCCCCUUGUCCUAUUGCUAUCUGCCCAUAUAGAAAGUUAUAUGCUUAUGAGCUCCCCUCAAGUUCUAGAAUACUGCAGCGAAGUCUCACCAAACCUUUCUCCUCUCCAGGCUGAUCAAGCUUGGUUCCCUCUCCUUCACAGGAGAGAUGCUCCAGCCUUCUGAUCAUCUCUAUGACCUUCUCUGGACCUGCUCCAACUGCUCCAUAUCCCUCCUGUAUUGGGGUUCCCAGGCAUGGGUAUAGUAGUCCAGACUUCUGAUCACCAUGGCUGCAGUGGAUCGCUUCAACCUGCUGUACAGAGAGAUCAGUCGUUCCUGCAGUUUUUACGUUGAGGCCCUGGCUAUAGUUGGAGCUUGGUACACAGUCAGAAAAUGUCUGACUCUUGUGUUUGACACUUACAGCAUGCUCAGGCUUCAUGUUAUUCCAAAGCUGGUUGGUGAGAUUGAUAUUGUCAAGCGGUAUGGAAAAUGGGCAGUGGUCACUGGUAGCACAGAUGGCAUCGGGAAGGCAUAUGCUGAAGAACUGGCCAAACGUGGUGUCAAUAUCAUCUUAAUCAGCCGAAGCAAAGAGAAGCUGGAGGCUGUAUCUAGAAACAUAUCUGAAACUUAUAAAGUGGAAACAGAUUUCAUAGUAGCUGAUUUCAGUAUGGGGCGUGAGGCUUACCAAGCCAUUAAGGAGGGCUUGAAAGAUAGAGAAAUUGGGAUUUUGGUGAAUAAUGUAGGACUGUUUUAUACCUACCCAGAUUAUUUUACUAACCUGUCUGAGGAUAUGCUGUGGGACAUGAUCAACAUAAAUAUUGCUUCUGCUAACAUGAUGGUGCAUAUCGUGUUGCCGGGCAUGGUAGAGAAGAAGAAAGGUGCAAUUGUGAAUGUCUCAUCUGCUUCCUGUUGUCAGCCAACACCAAUGCUAACAAUCUAUGGAGCCUCUAAAGCCUACUUGGACUAUUUCAGUAGAGCAUUGUAUUACGAAUAUGCUUCAAAAGGAAUUUUUGUUCAGAGUUUAACCCCAUUUGUAAUUGCUACAAAAAUGGUAUCAUGCAGUAGCGUUACAUCAAAGAGAUCUUUCUUUUUUCCUUGUGCUGAAGAGUAUGCAAGUCAUGCUAUUUCUACCCUUGGGUUAUCCAAAAGGACUCCUGGUUACUGGAAGCAUUCAAUAGAGUUCACACUGGGUGAACGUCUACCUGAAUGGAUCUGGGCAUGGUUUGCACAGUACUUCUGCAGAAUUAUACGCAAGGAAGCUUUAACACACAAAGCAAAAUAGGAAUAUCCAGAUGUCCAGUAUAAAUGAGUACUGGGAUCUGAUCAGAGUGCUACAAAAUGGUCAAGUGAAUCCCGGAUUUACUGCAAUUUAUCCAUAACUUGCUUAACAGUGUAACUAGUGUUACUCGUAACAAUAACCUAGGCAUUAGAAGUCUGGAUCCCACAUCAUUGUGCUAAGUAGCUCCUUCUCUGCAUUCCUCCAGAACAAAGAGUUGAUCUUGCAUAGGUUAAUCUCACUUCACUUUGUCUGUAAGGUAAUAGGACAGGAGCAGAUAUAACUAAUUCUGAUAGUAAAUGACUGUCUUUUGCAUAGUGCUAUGUAAUUUUGAUUUGUAAUGUUAACGGAAUUUAAGAAUUCUCCAGCUCUGGAUCCAUGAAUCCAAAUGAAUGAAUCCAAAACAAAUCAUGUCAAUCAAUGUGCAGUUUGUGAGUCUUCUGGUCUUUUCAUGGCAGGUACUUGUAUGUUUUAAGUGCAAAUAUUGUUAUUUUUGAACAGGGUACUUACCAUACAUCUUAAUUUUGAUAAAGUCGUACUAAUUUGGAGGUCUUUUAAAUGACAAAAAAGGUCUUACAGAACUGCAAAGGAAUUUGAAGAUAAUGCUUUUUUUUCUUUCGUAUUCUGUGAAUGCUCUUUACCAUGCUUUAAAUAUUCCUUCAACAAUCUGAAGCAUGGCUGAAGAACUGAAACAGAUUGUAAAAAUACAUUAGCUAAGGAAAAAAAAAACAACAAAGAAAUAGUGUUCUAAGAACAAAGGUUAGUUUCAUAUGACAAUUAAAAAAAAAGUUACUGAUGUCUUGAUUCUGUAUGGCUGAUUUUAUUUAUAUUAAAAAAAGUGUGUGUAUAUAUAUAUUUACUAGAUGUCAUCUGGUAUCACACUGCUUGUAUUUCUUGUAGAGUCUAAAUUUCACAGCUGUCCUUUCUUUGAACAUAUUUGCUGCCUGGAACAAGAUGUAUCUUAAGAUUCAGAACAUUCGUUCUGUAUUUAAUAUCAUCAUUAGUACUGCUUCUAUAACGUUACACUGAAAUAUCAAAAUGAUGAAAAUAACUGUGCAGUAUUUUAUACACAGCAUUAUGUCUUUAGGAUAAAGCUCCUGUCAGGCUGUUGCCCGUUUAAACAGAUUCAUUUCCUCUUAAUAAAUCUUUCAGAAAACA